AUGCACGGUGACUUACCCGAACACGAUGCAAUACAUUUCCAAACUGACGACUCAAACGAACCCAUCACUGGUCCUAGGUUGGAAGAUCUACUUCCCAUGCAUAAGGAUUUGACUAUAUUUAUGGACGGAGUAAGGGCCUACGAGGAUACGAUAUCUCUAAUCUCAUCUCAUUCUACGAAAGUCACAAUCUUUGCUCCAAUAAACCGCGCUUUCGUUAAUUACAAAUUUGCAGUCAAAAGUUCGGGAGAAGACCGAAAUUCAGCUCGUCACUCCUUUAUUCUUUCGCACAUUAUAUCUGAUGGCUACAGUGUCGCAUCCGAGGAUGGAUCUUUUCAGACAUUGAAAGAGGGAAGGGUUAUACGAGUAGAACACGUGAAUGGAGAUAUUGUCAUUGAUGGAAGAGCGAAAGUAGUAGGGAAAGUUGAAGGUGUGAAUGGAGUGAUUUAUAAGAUUGAUAACGUAUUGGUAGAUUGA